UGCCAGUCAGUCUGCCAGUUCUGCCUGCAGUCAGUCUGCCAGUCCAGCCUGCCAGUCAGCCUGCCUGCCAGUCAGUCCAGUCUGCCCCAGUCCCAGUCUGCCAAGUCUGCCAGUCAGUCAGUCUGCCAGUCAGCCAGUCAGUCUGCCAGUCAGUCUGCCAGUCAGUCAGUCAGUGCCAGUCAGUCUGCCAGUCAGUCAUCAUCUGCCAGUCAGUCAGCCUGUCAGUCUGCCAGUCAGCCUGCCAGUCAGUCUGCCAGUCAGUCAGUCCAGUCUGCCAGUCAGCCUGCCAGUCAGUCAGUCAGUCUGCCAGUCAGUCCAUCAGUCAGCCAGUCUGCCAGUCAGUCUGCCAUCUCUGCCAGUCAGUCUGCCAGUCAGUCUGCCAGUCAGUCUGCCAGUCAGUCCCAGUCAGUCCUGCCAGUCAGUCAGUCUGUCCUGCCCACCAGUCUGCCAGUCAUCCAGUCAGUCUGCCAGUCUGCCAGUCAGCCAGUCAGUCAGUCUGCAGUCAGUCAGUCCAGUCAGUCCAGUCUGCCAGUCUGCCUCAUCUGCCAGUAGUCAUUCUCCAUCAGUCAGCCGCAUUCUGUCGUCUCCAUCAUCAGCUGCCAGUCAGUCAGUCUGCCAGCCGUCAGCCAGUCAGCCUGUCAUCAGCCAGUCGCCCAGUCAGUCUGCCAGUCUCUGCCAGUCAUCUGCAGUCAGCCGGCCUUCAGUCUUGCCAGCCAGUCAGUCUCCAGCCAGUCAGUCUGCCAUCAGCCCAGUCAGCCAGUCAGUCUGCCCAGCCAGCUCAGUCUGCCAGCCACCGCCGUCUGCCAUCUGCAGUCAAGUCAGCCAGCCAUUCAGCCAGCCUGCAGUCCAGUCAGCAGCCCAGUCACCAGCCUGCCAGCCAGCCUGCCAGCCAGUCAGCCCUCCAGCCAGUCACCUGCCUCAGCCAGUCGCCGCCAGCCAGCCAGUCAGAGCCUGCCAUCAGUCAUCCAGCCGUCAGCCAGCCUGCCAGCAGUCGCCAGCCAGCCGCCAUCCUGCCCGCCAGCCUGCCAGCCUGCCAGCCAGCCUGCCACAGCCAUCUGCCAGCCAGUCAGUCUGCAGCCGUAGCCUGCCAGCCAGUCAUUCUGCCCAGCCAGUGCAGCCAGCCCAGCCAGCCCAGCCAGCCUGCCAGCCAGCCAGCCUGCCAGCCAGUCAUCUGCCAGCCACCAGUCUGCCAGCCAUUCAGUGCCAGCCAGUCAUCUGCCAGCCAGCUGCGCCAGGUGCCAGCCCCAGACAGCCAGUCUGCCAGCCAGCCA